AUGUCCAUCGAUAACAAGCCGAACCCUGCCCGCCGGGACGAGUCCGACGACUCGGUCGAUUCCACCCCCGAGAGAGAGCAGAAUCCGCCUGCUGCCGCCAACGCCAAUGCCUCCCAGGAUACCCAGCAGCCCAAGCGAAAGGGUGGCCGCAAGCCCAUUUAUGCCACCUCCGAGGAGCGCAAGCAGAGGAACCGUCAGGCCCAGGCCGCUUUCCGCGAGCGCCGCACCGAGUACAUCAAGCAGCUCGAGGAGACCAUCCGCGUCCACGAGUCCAACCUCCACAACCUCCAGACUGCCCACCGCAAUGCCGCCGAGGAGUGCUUGAUGCUUCGCUACAAGAACUCCCUCCUCGAGCGUAUUCUUCUCGAGAAAGGCAUCGAUGUCCAGGCUGAACUCCAUGCCAAGACGGGCAGCCCUGAUUUGGGACCUACACACAUGCCCCAGAAUUUGGUGCAGCCGCCCACAAUCCAGCGUGCCAUCCUGAACCGCCACCACCAGUCUCGCAAGUCCAACUCGAGCAUUGCUCCCAAGGCCGAGCCCGUGACGACGCCGCUCAACACGUCCCUCCCUCCGCACAAGUCUGCCACUUCCCCGAAGAGUCGACCGACGCCUUCGUCUCACGCCAACUCGCCGACAGCCAAUGUCGGGUCCGCUUUCUCCCCCGCCCCAUCGGAUAGCAUCUCGCUUCGGGGCUCCGUGGGCGGUUUGCCGCGGCAGGCGAUGCCGACUUCCAAUGCCAACGCGUCGGCGAGGUCCAUGAUGCAGUCUGGAGCUGGCGCUCGCAGCCAGUCUCUUGGACAAGGCGCAUCGUUCUAUCCCACACCGGCCUUCCAGAGCCACAUCGAGCAGCUUGAACACGAGUAUGACGGACAGAACGACAUGGUCGACGACUCGGAGCUCGAUACGCCAAACGGUGGCGGUCACUAUGCCAGCGCCUUCAACAGCGACAAUCAGCAGACGAUGCUCCUCUCGCCGACAUCGACCGCGCCCGGGCACCACGUCUCGCAGCCUCACGAUGCCGUCUCGGCCGCCCACCAGCCAUUCCCGUCCAUGACACAGCUUUUGGGCCAGAACCUGGACUGGGACCCCUUCGGUCUGAGCGCCAGCAUGGCUUUCCCGAACCAUCAGCAGUUUCAAUUCGACCAACCGAACCUUCGGUGA